AUGGCGAGAAGGAAAGAGCAAAUUCAGUUCCAGGUGGAAGUGGAGACCGAGGACGAGUGGCGGCAGUUGCUAAGCCGAAAGGGUUUGAUCCUCGCGGACGUUUACUCCGAGUGGUGCGGCCCGUGCAUCGCGAUGGUGAGCACCCUGCGUAACGUGAAACUGGAGUUCGGCGAAGCGAUCAACUACGCAGUGGUGAAGAACAACUACAUCGCCGAUCUCGAGCGAUUUCGCGACAGAAGCGAGCCGGUCUGGAUGUUCAUUCAGAACGGCAAAAUGGUGAACCUUCUGCUCGGUGCCAAUUGCCCGCAGAUUCGAAAGUUGCUGACGAGCGAGAUCAAGAGGGUGUUGAACGACGAGGAGCCGGGAAUGAUGUUGGACGCGAGCGCCAGGACACCGGAGGAGGAGGUCGAGUGGCAGAAAAAGGAAGCCGUCAGAAAAGCGAUCGAGGAAUUCGAACGUGCGAAGGCGGAGGCUGAGCAGAGAGAAAAGUACGAGGCGUUCCUGGCGCAGAUGAUAUUCGAGCUAAGCGAGGCAACCGCCCUGGUUUUCUAUCCUUGGGUGUUCAAGGACGAGGAGGGCCGCCACAGGGACAAGUACCAGAGUCCUCCGUACCUCGAACUGAUCAACACGCUGUUCAAGCAGAACUACGACGUGCUCGAGGAGCUACGAGUGCAGCUCAACGAGGAAAUGAUCGAGAGCAUGUUCGUCGAGAGCAACGUCGAGAUUACGAAAGAACUGGUAGCAGGGUUAACGGAUGGCAGAACGAUAGCGAUGAGAUUGAAAGGCAGACGUCCCCAUCCGAACUGGCCUGUGCCGUAUCCCUUCGAGUGUCCCAAAGGGACUAAGAGAUGUCCGACGCGAGCGAUCAACGACGUCGAGGAUUAUCUGAUACAUUUGUUAACCAGCACGACGCCGCUGCUUCAGGCUAAUGCCGUCCCUUUCUCCCCCAACGAGUCUUACAUGGACAGGCACGUGUACGUUCAUGAACCCGAUCCCGAAGACGAGGAGGACUUCCCUCGCAUCCACCCUGCCGUUUGGGUACCUCCUCAGGCGAGGAGCAAAGUGCACGUGUACACGACCCUUUUCUCCGCUUACAUGGAGCUAGUGCACCCCUAUGAGGAACCGGUACCACCGCCCCCUUUCUGCGCCUUCAAGUUCCAGUAUUCAAAAUUCCCGGUUGUUCGCGACACGUGCGCGAUAUAUCCCGACGCGGUCGAAUAUUUCGGCGCGUUCGAGUUCGACAAUCCGCCAAUCGCCAGGCGAAUGGCAUCCAGCCCUGAGGACUUCGAAAGAAAGGCGAGGUUUCAAACGGGCGCCGAGAUAUUCGUGAUAAUCAUCCGGAGGAUCAGCGAGGAUGCUUUCCUGUCGUUCGCCAGCAUCGAGCCGUAUUUCAUCACCGAGGACGAUGAAAAGGCCCAAGCGAUGAUAGACGAAUACUUCCCCGAGGGUGCUGAAGACAUCAGUCUCGAAAUGUUAGAAGAAGAAGAAGAAGAAGAAGAAGAGGAGGAGGAGGAGGAGGAGGAAGAGGAAAUGGGAGAGAAAAUGCACUAUUACGAGGAAGACGAUGUCGAAAUUAAGGACGAGAACAGAGAAGAAUUUGCAACAUACAGCUUCGUGUGA